AUCCCCCUCCAUUUUUUUGUGGGAACCCUAGCUACCUGGAGGAGCUACUGCAUUCAUCACGGGAUAUUGUAACGCUACCCCCGGUGGAAUCUUGAGAAGACACGUGCUGCAUAAAUGGAUCCACGUGCCUCAGUUCUAUGAACUUUCAUCAACGUGACUUGGAACGAUCGACGUAAUCAAGGUUGAGACACGCGAGACACGUCGUGGUCGAAGGGAAAAACGAAAAGAAACAGGGUGCAGGGACAUCGUAUCGAUUCAACAAACCAAGGAAACCAACGCGUGGAUUCGCCACUACCGGUGUCGUCCAGUCGGCCAGGCAAGAGAGGUUGAGAGGAUCGUGUGGACCACAUUAGGGAUUCGAUUCGAGUCAUGUCCGACGGAACAGAGAGCGAAGACAGCGACGCAGAAGGAGGGCUGGGCAACGUGAACAAGAUGAUAAUACGACCGCCAGGGCAUAGCGGGAAGGCGAAGAAAGGACACAUCUGCUUCGACGCCUCGUUCGAAACCGGCAACUUGGGCAGGGUGGAUCUUAUCUCGGAAUUCGAGUACGAUCUGUUCAUCAGGCCGGACACUUGCAACCCGCGACUUCGUAUGUGGUUCAAUUUCACGGUGGACAACGUGAAGACUGACCAACGAGUGAUCUUCAACAUUGUUAACAUAUCGAAGAGCGCGAAUCUGUUUCGAAAUGGGAUGACACCGUUGGUAAAGAGUAGCAGUAGAUCGAAAUGGCAAAGAAUUCCCAGGGAUCAAGUUUUCUACUACAAAUCGGCGCAACAUCAAAACCAUUACGUCCUCAGUUUCGCAUUUUCUUUCGACCGUGAGGAGGACGUGUAUCAAUUCGCCUUGACGUAUCCGUACUCGUACAGCCGUUAUUUGGCACAUCUGGAUAAUCUUUGCACCAGAUUAACGUACACGAAGAGAGAAACUAUAGCCACGUCGAUACAAAAGAGGAAGAUCGAGUUGGUCACGAUAACUUCGAAUCUGGACGACGUUCAAGAUCGUUCGAGAAAGGUGGUGGUUGUCCUCGCAAGGGUGUAUCCAGGCGAAUCACCCUCCUCGUUCGUUUGCCAAGGUCUAAUGGACUUUCUGGUCAGUUCCCACCCCAUCGCCCAAGUGUUGAGGGAUUACAUCGUUUUCAAGAUAGUGCCAAUGUUAAAUCCCGAUGGUGUAUUUCUUGGUAAUUAUAGAUCCACCUUAAUGGGGGCCGAUUUAAAUCGCUCGUGGAACAAAAUAUCUGAAUGGCUUCAUCCUGCAUUGGUAGCAAUUAAACCGAUAUUGAAGAAUCUCGAUAAGAAUUCCCUCACGCCGUUAGAUUGCGUCUUGGAUUUGCACGCUCAUACAAACGCAACAGGGAUUUUCGUUUAUGGAAACACCUACGACGAUGUGUACAGGUACGAAAGACACAUCGUGUUACCGAAAUUAUUGGCGCAGCACGUUGAAGACUAUGAAAUAGAAAACACGAUGUACAAUCAGGAUCCUCAUAAGGCUGGAACUGCACGUCGUUAUCUGUGUUCUAUUCUGAAGGAACACGUGAAUUGCUAUAGCAUCGAGGUAUCGAUGUACGGAUACAAUAGAAAAGCGAUGCCUGGAAUAUUCCCAUAUACCGAGGAAGGAUAUUACAGAUUAGGACGCAAUCUUGCCCGCGUCUUCCUAGAAUAUUACAAAUUAAUGGGUAUCAUCCCGACUGGGCUUCCCGAUCAACCAUCCACCAAACGAACGAGACAGUCACGGCCGAGGCAUCGCAUUCUUAGGGAACCUAGGCCAAAGACUUGCAGGAAACCGGCGCCUAUACACCUUGCCAGCAUUCACGAGUACUUUCAAGAGGAGACAGAGAUGGCCGCGAGCGGCGGUUGUCGAUCGAUGAGCGGCACGCGGAUGAGCCAGCUUGGGACCGGAACUGGAAGUGGAACGGGCGUCGGCGGGUGCAGGAACCGGAGCUACAGGUUCCGGAGCCCCGGGGCACCGCUCGACAGGGUGCAGGCCCUGUCCAGACAUCCCGCCGAGCCGAGGCUCACCAUUAUCGAUUUCAAUCAGCUGACAAGGGGCGGUUUGGAACUUGCUACCAGCAAGAACAGGGCAAAGGUCGCUCGAAAAGCCGUGAAAUCGAACAGAUAUCUUCUAUGAGCUUAUUCUCGUUAAUCGAUAGAUAAAUUUGAUUCUUCGAGACAAUUUGAAAUUCGUGAAAAUUCUUUUCGUUAAAAAUCUUCGUAAUAAUAUUCUCGAAAUUUUUAAACGAUAGAUUCCUAGAAAAAAAGAAUAAUGUAAUUAAGAAGCGUGUGUAAUGUGAUCGUAUCAUCAACGAUUGUAUAAGUUUCGUAAAAAAGUUUUUUUACGCAGUGUAUGUAGGUUAACAACUAUCUCCGUAUAAAAAUAAAAUUGAUAGAUAGCGAUAUAAAAAGUCGGUAAUGGCAACAACGAUAUGAUCCAAUGAUUCAAGCGCGCGAUAUCAAAUCAUAAAGGAUUGAUUUAUAGGGUUGUUACGUUCUUCUGAUGCCGUACACGCGUCAUUUUUCCUUUUUUUUUACGUACUUUCCAGAAUACCCGUUGAUUUUAUUCGUCAAGAAAAAUCUCUAUAAAUAUGUUUAUGCUUUUUUAAUUUAAAAAUAAUAAUGAUAAUCGAGGAUCAUAUUAUAAUUUAAAAUUAUCACUAUAAAAUAAAUAUAUAUAAACGUUAAGAAAUAAAAGAAUAAAAACAUGCACAAUCUCUU